UUCAGUCGUGCCGCUCUGCCGUUUGGCCUGGUCAGAAGAGAGCUCUCUUGCGAGGGCUACGCCAUUGAUCUCCGCUGCCCCGGUGCUGAUGUCAUCAUGAUCGAGACGGCCAACUACGGCCGCACUGACAACAAGAUCUGCGAUGCUGAACCGUUCCAGAUGGAGAACAUCAACUGCUACCUCCCCGAUGCCUACAAGAUCAUAUCACAAAGGUAAGAGUCAACUGCUACCUCACCCAAGGUCUACAAGAUCAUAUCACAAAGGUAAGAGUCAACUGCUACCUCCCCGAUGCCUACAAGAUCAUAUCACAAAGGUAAGAGUCAACUGCUACCUCACCCAAGGUCUACAAGAUUGUAUUUCAAAGGUUAUAGAACAGAAAGGUCUUGUUACACAAUACAACCUGAAGUUAGUUAUGGAUAUGUGGUGGUACGAUAUUCUAGAGUCCAGUCUAGUAAUUCUGGAUGCACAACCUGCAAAUCAAAACAAGUGGUUUUGGUUUGGGUGGUAACCCUAAUAAACUAGUGUUUUUGGUUUGGGUGGUAACCCUAAUAAACUAGUGGUUUUGGUUUGGGUGGUAACCCUAAUAAACUAGUGUUUUUGGUUUGGGUGGUAACCCUAAUAAACUAGUGUUUUUGGUUUGGGUGGUAACCCUAAUAAACUAGUGGUUUUGGUUUGGGUGGUAACCCUAAUAAACUAGUGGUUUUGGUUUGGGUGGUAACCCUAAUAAACUAGUGGUUUUGUCACCUUCUCAACUUGCAGACAAAAAACAGACAGUUUACCCACAGCUCCCUGUCUUUCAAUAAUCCAAUGUUUUUUGGGGGGGUAAUGUUGUGAAACUCUAGACCGUAAAAGCUGGACAGGGGGUCAUUAGUAGCAACCCUAGACCAUAUGGUCUGUGCAUUCCUGCAUAGUACCACUGCAGCUGCACAAUCAGUCAGCCAGCCAGCCGGUCCGGCUCAAAAGGACCCAAAGAGUCACAUGAACCUCCUUCGUAAUCCCUCUGUUUCCUACCUUUGGCUUCUUUUUUGCAACACUUGUACUGCAUUGACACGGCCCAGCUCCCCGCCCUCAGCAAUGCCCCUUCCCCCCUUAAAAUACCAUUUAUAUUAGUAACACUCUCCCAGGACAUUUAGCUACAGUACAGUCACUAGGCUGCAUUCAUCACUUUAACUCUGCUGUUGCGCCGGACCUAGCCCGACGGUGUGUAUUUAAAGGACCCCAUGUCGUAGGGACUGGAUGUUGGAGCAGCCUUAAGGGCAGUAAGUAGCAGGAGGCUUCAGGAUCAGGUGCAAAAUAGUGUCCAGUUUAUUAACAGUGAAAGGUAGUUCCUGUCACAACUUCCGCCGAGGCUGCCUCCCCUCCUUGUUCGGGCAGGCUUCGGCGUUCGUCGUCACUGGCUUACUAACCACUGCUGCCCCAAUUAUCAUCAUCACAUUUGUCUUGUCAAUCACACACACCUGGUUCUAAUCCCCUCAUUAGUUUGUGUAUAAGUGUUCCCUCUGCCCCCUUGUCCUUGUGGGUGAUUGUUUGAAUGUGAGAGUAGUGUAGCUCGGUGGAGCUACUCGUACCAUUUUGUUGCCAGGGUAGAUAUUUCCCAUGUGCCUAUGUAUUAUAUGGAGAUAGCAUUACAGUGUAUUGCCAGGGUAGAUAGUUUCCCCUGUGCCUGUUUCGUUUGUCGCUAUUCCAGCGUAUUUUGUGUAACGAAGGAAUAAACUCUGUAUUCGGUGAUUACCCUCCUGCGCCUGACUCCUUCCAUCACACUCAUCACAGUUCCAGGUGAAUGACGAAAUUCAAUGAAUAUUUACAUAAUCUACAAAGGUAUUUACACAAUGAACAGACUCUCAAAAUACAGGUUUGAAUAUAAAUCGAAAACCUAAGCCUCAAUCAGGCCUACCCUGUCAAACCAACUAUACUGUAGCAGGUUGGGGUAUACCAGGCUAUGGACAGCCUCCCCACACAGCUCACAUACCAGAGCUAGAACAUCACUCCAGCUCACAGGUUGAACAGGUACCUUUAUACCUAUGGCCCCUCCCUAUGGACCAUACCAUUAACCAUGGAGCUCUUUACCCAAAUAUGACAUAUUAAAUCAUGUAACAGACAUCUUCAUUGUACCUACAUUUACAUAUUCCAUCUAAAUAAACAUCUUAAACAUUCCUGGUUUAUCCUCAAAGCGGGUAUACUUUCCAUUAAUGAAUACACAUUUCAUAACAAUAGUUCUGCAGGCCACAGGCGGCAAAACAUAUUACUUAUACAGUCGUGGUCAAAUGUUUUGACAAUGACACAAUUAUUAGUCUUCACUAAGUUUGCUGCUUCAGUGUUUUUAGAUAUUUUGUCAGAUGUUACUAUGGUAUACUGAAGUAUAAUUACAAGCAUUCCAUAAGUGUCAAAGGCUUUUAUUGACAAUUACAUUAAGUUUAUGCAAAGAGUCAAUAUUUGCAGUGUUAACCCUUAUUUUUCAAGACCUCUGCAAUCCGCCCUGGCAUGCUGUCAAUUAACUUCUGGGCCACAUCCUGACUGAUGGCAGCCCAUUCUUGCAUAAUCAAUGCUUGGAGUUUGUCCGAAUUUGUGGGGUUUUGUUUGUCCACCCGCCUUUUGAGGAUUGACCACAAGUUCUCAAUGGGAUUAAGGUCUGGGUAGUUCCUGGCCAUGGACCCAAUAUUUUGAUGUUUUGUUCCCAGAGCCACUUAGUUAUCACUUUUGCUUUAUGGCAAGGUGCUCCAUCAUGCUGGAAAAGGCAUUGUUCGUCACCAAACUGUUCUUGGAUGGUUGGGAGAAGUUGCUCUCGGAGGAUGUGUUGGUACCAUUCUUUAUUCAUGGCUGUGUUCUUAGGCAAAAUUGUGAGUGAGCCCAAUCCCUUGGCUGAGAAGCAACCCCACACAUGAAUGGUCUCAGGAUAAUUUACUGUUGGCAUGACACAGGACUGAUGGUAGCGCUCACCUUGUCUUCUUCGGACAAGCUUUUUUCCGGAUGCCCCAAACAAUCGGAAAGGGGAUUCAUCAGAGAAAAUGACUUUACCCCAGUCCUCAGCAGUCCAAUCCCUGUACCUUUUGCAGAAUAUCAGUCUGUCCCUGAUGUUUUUCCUGGAGAGAAGUGGCUUCCUCGCUGCCCUUCUUGACACCAGGCCAUCCCCCAAAAGUAUUUGCCUCACUGUGCGUGCAGAUGCACUCACACCUGCCUGCUGCCAUUCCUGAGCAAGCUCUGCACUGGUGGUGCCCCGAUCCCGCAGCUGAAUCAACUUUAGGAGAAGGUCCUGGCGCUUGCUGGACUUUCUUGGGCGCCCUGAAGCCUUCUUCACAACAAUUGAACCUCUCUCCUUGAAGUUCUUGAUGAUCCGAUAAAUGGUUGAUUUAGGUGCAAUCAUACUAGCAGCAAUAUCCUUGCCUGUGAAGCCCUUUUUGUGCAAAGCAAUGAUGACGGCACGUGUUUCCUUGCAGGUAACCAUGGUUAACAGUGGAAGAACAAUGAUUUCAAGCACCACCCUCCUUUUAAAGCUUCCAGUCUGUUAUUCUAACUCAAUCAGCAUGACAGAGUGAUCUCCAGCCUUGUCCUAGUCAACACUCUUACCUGUGUUAACGAGAGAAUCACUGACUUGAUGGCAGCUGGUCCUUUUGUGGCAGGGCUGAAAUGCAGUGGAAAAGUUUUUUUGGGAUUAAGUUCAUUUUCAUGGCAAAUAGGGACUUUGCAAUUAAUUGCAAUUAAUCUGAUCACUCUUCAUAACAUUCUGGAGUAUAUGCAAAUUGCCAUCAUAAAAACUGAGGCAGCAGACUUUGUGAAAAUUAAUAUUUGUGUCAUUCUCAAAACGUUUGACCAUGACUGUACAGCAGUGCUCGUGUGCUCCCAUUACGCACAGACAAGGCCGGUCCUUGCCGUUCUGCCACCCUAGGUGACACCAAAAAAUAUUUGGUUUGAAUGAAAGUUGAUUUAUAAACGUCUAUGUUUGGGCCAAAUCAAGGCUGGUCCAGACCGGACAAAAUCUGAACCAAACAUAGACGUUUAUGAUUGGUUCAGAUUUGGUCCGAACCGGACCAAAAACCAAUGUCCGUGGAUGUGGAAAUCAAGGCCGGUCCGGACUGCACCAAAAAAAGACGUCCAAAAGACGUCGGCUCGUGCUUACUGAGGUGUAGCCUACCAUGUCAGCCCACAAUGGAAUUUUAUGAAUGCCCAUCCAUGUGGAAGGCCCACCAUUUGUAAAACAGGCCGUUACAUUGGCUUUAUUAGUCCUGAUUCCUGACUAAUCCAUUUGGCUAUUUAAGCUCUGAAUAUUGCUACCCAACUUUGUCAGGAGUUAUCGUGAGUUUAUUUGCAAUGUGUUUACACAGCAGAAAAUGCAGAGGUAUUUUAUUUUUUCGCAAUGAUCAGCUUGUAAAAAAAUUUACAGAUACAAAUUUUAAACCAUUGAUUAUGACAAUGAGGUGAAACUCCUGGACAACAGUUGUGAUUGCCUAUGACGCAUGCUGGCUGAAACAAUGAAGAUAAAUACACCCCAUAAGAAGACAAAAAUGAUGGUGGUGGAUUUGUCUGUGACCAUGGAUGCCACUAUGGGUUUACUAUUUACUAAGUAUUUGAAGAAUUAAAAAGAACCCAUCAGACAAUUGUUCAUAAACAAAAAACACACAUAUGAUGAUUAACACAAAAAUAUGAUAGGUGAAAAUAAUCACUGUUUCAGUGGAGAGAAAUUAGUGUUAACACAUACGCAGGCAAUGAGUCAUGUCUAUAAAUUAAUUAUUUGGUUUCAUAAUUUCUGGUGUCAUCGGAGGAAAAAAACAUAAAACGGUAGCUAGCUAAUUUACAGAUUAAUUGCAGGGAAAGUUCUGGAGGGUUUUUCACACCCUUUCCCAGGCAGCGCUAUCUCUCCCCUCAGAGUAGGACAGGGUAAUAGCCCUUGGCGGGGGAUAAUUACAUUUUUCAUAAUUAAUAUUUUCUGACGAAGGGGAGUGGAUGAGUGUAGCUCACAUAUCAGACGUCACUGUCUUGUCUGCAUCCCCGACAACAUCCUGUAAUGUCAUUGUGAUGGUGGUGGUGAUGACGAUAAUGAUGAUGAUGAUGAUCUGCCGGCUGCUAUCGUAGAAUAGAUUAUGCAAGGGAGACAUAAUGGGAGAGAUGGAAGAAAGAAAAUGAUUAGCCUACCGACCAUACAUUAGUUGGACGUAAUUGUCCAAUAUUUCAAUGCUAAUCACAAACUUAUAAGCAGGCUGUAAUAGGCAGCAAGUGACUGGUUAAUAAACACUUGGCAUUUUACGCAUGUGUGUCUUAUCUGUACGUAAUUAUAAUUUCCUACAAGGUUACUGAUUUCACUGCAGGGAAGUUUUAUGGCAGGUCUGACAACCUAAUUUCUACUUUGGCUGUCACACUGAAAGCUCUCCUUUUCGGCUUUUGAGGGACACCUAGGCUUUCUGCUUCGGCUGUGAUUCUGUGAGAGAUCUGUCCAACUUGUACGACUUUGCAUUUGACCUUCAGGCCAAAUAUUUAUCACUAAACCGGUUUGCAAUUUUUUCAGCUUUUCUUUUUGUCAUGGAUAACUGUUUCCCAGCUAGCACAUAACGUUAUGAGAACCACAUGCUUCUUAGAGCUUGGUGAGAGCGUGGUUGUCCUAUGGUUAUUUUGCAUACAACGAAUGGUCGCAGAAUAGUUGCUUGGCUGGGAACAUUCUCAGCACAUGGUAGGACUGAUCACCAACAACAACCUCUCCCUCAACGUCAGUAAGACAAAGGAGCUGAUUGUGGACUACAGGAAACGGAGGGGCGAGCAUCCACAUUGAUGGGGCUGUAGUGGAGUGGGUCGAGAGCUUCAAGUUCCUCAGUGUCCACAUCACUAAGGAAUUAGCAUGGUCCAUACACACCUAAACAGUUUUGAAGAGGGCAUGACAGCGCCUAAUCCCCUCACAGGAGGCUGAAAAGAUUUGGCAUGGGCCCUCAGAACCUCAAAAAGUUAUACAGCUGCACCAUUGAGAGCAUCUUGACUGGCUGCAUCACCGCUUGGUACGGCAACUGGCAAGGCACCUGACUGCAAGGUGCUACAGAGGGUGGUGAGUAUGGCCCAGUACAUCACUGGGGCUGAGCUCCCUGUCAUCCAGGACCUCUAUACCAGGCGGUAUAAAUGGUCAGACUCCAGCCACCCAAGCCAUAGACUCUUCUCUCUGCUAUCGCACGGCAAGCGGUACCAGUCACCAAGUAUGGAACCACCAGGACCCUGAAAAGCUUCUACCCCCAAGGCAUACGACUGCUAAACAAGACUGCUAAAUAGCUAAUCAAAUGGCUACCCAGACUAUCUGCAUUGACCCCUUUUUUUUUUACUAACUCUCUUGCACUGACUCUACCCACACACUCACACAUACUUACACUGACAUCCCCAACACAUACGCGCACACACACACACACGCACACACACUACAUACGCCCACACACACAUAACAUGCGCACACAUGCAUACUGACCACACACACACACAGACACACACACAAAGCCAUACGACUUACUAUACAUUUGUUCCUCCUGUCACUAUUUCUAUAAAUGUUUUUAUUUUUGAAGCAUUUCACUAAGUAAACCUGUUGUUUACGAAGCAUGUGACAUAACAUUUGAUUUGUUUUAAAGAAACGUGACAAAAAAACUUAAUUUUCUUGGUAUUUAAUUACUUUAACAGAACGUUUCCUAAAAGUUAAAUGGUUCUAUUUAAAGUAAUGUUCUCAAAUUAUUCAGAGAACGUUAAGAAAACUUUCCAUAAAAACUAAAAAAAUACUUUAGUAACGUUCAGAGAACGUUAUUUAAAAACGUAUACAUUACGUUUUAAGCAUCAACAAUCCUCUCUCUAUCCUCUCUUUAAGUGUGUUCAGGUGUGUUAGCCGCGCCCAUUAAUUGACCCCAUCUGAUCUUAAUGAGUGCUUGUUUAAAUAGACUAAAAUGAGCGUCCUGGUGGACUAAUUCCAUGGAUAGAGCGUCUGCUAAAUGACUUAAAUGUAAAUGAUAGAGAACAAAAGACUGUAGGUUAGAAUCUCACUGAUGCCAUGUCAAAAUAAAUGUUUUAAUGUUUGCAUGAUUAAUGCCUAUGGAAAUGUCCUUUCUGUUAUUAAGUCUUAUUGAAACAUUCAGUUAAAGUUUUAAGGAAGUUAUUAAAAACCUCCAAAUAACCUAUAAUCUCCAUUCAUAGAGGGUUAAUAAAACCUUCCAGGAAAACUUUCAAGGAACCAGAGUAAAACGUUCUUAGAACCUCCCUGCGUCCUAAAAAUAAAUGUGAAAUUUUCACUUCUGUUCUCAGAACGUCAAAAAAUGGUUCCCGUUUUACCGGUCAUGAAAUGUAUGGCUUCGUUCUCACAACCAAUGUGAAACCAAAAACAUACGUUCUCACAACUUCCAAGGAACCAAAAGUGCUAGCUGGGUUGCCUCUGCUGCUGCUGUUGAUGCUGAUGCCUUCUCAAUCCCUCAGCCUCAAGAGAGCUUGAUUGAAGUGAGGCCAAUUUCAUCCUAUAUUUACACAAAAUCAGUUAUUCUAUUCCACUCUCUUUCCCCCUCCAUCUUUCAGUCACAAAACACAAACACACACAGUUGUAACAGUUUUAAGAGUAGUACAUGCAACUUCAUAGCCAAGGUCAUUUCAAGUUAUGAGGCAAAUAACUAACUCCCAUAGCAAAGGCUUGGGAGUCUCCCAUAACAAAUACAUGGGCAACACUUGAUAAACAGUACAUGGUUUUCACUUGAUGAAAUGUGUUUCCUGUGACCCACAUUUCAGCCAAUUACCCUCUGCAGCCGCCUGUUGUGAACAAUCUAAUUGCUCUUUGUGUGGGUGAGUGGUGCUUAGUGGCUGGUACUCAUAAGGUUGAUAUUCUCAUCUCAUAUACAUGAACAUCCCAUAAUAUACUUCAUACCUGUCUUCAGCUCAACUGUCCUCUUAAUUCUUCCGCACUGUGUCAGUUUUCCUCUUUAUAUCUAUUUACUGUGUGUGUGUGUUUCUCUUUAUAUCUAUUUAUUGUUUCCCUCUAUUUAUUCUCUUAUUCCUCCCUCAACUUGUUAAUCGCAUCUACAGUAUAUUUACUGCCCUGCUCGGAUGAAUAGGAUUUUCAUAUCCUUCACCACAGCAAUACUGCAAACUGGAUUUGAAUGAGUGUGUAGAUGGAAGAGGGAAAGCGGCUAUGUAUUAAUCAUGUAUUUCUCUCAUCCUAAUACCACUCUGGGAAUGUUAUAGUAGUUUGUGUCAUUGCUGAAAUGUUUGUGAUCCAUCUUUUCCCAGGUGCAACAACCGUACCCAGUGUGUGGUUGUGACUGGCUCUGAUGUUUUCCCUGAUCCUUGUCCUGGCACUUACAAGUACCUAGAGGUCCAGUAUGAAUGUGUCCCAUAUAGUAAGUAUUCAGCAUUUAAUGAUGCAGUGCAACUAUAUUGUGUUUCUUGAAUGUGUAGUUAGGUUUAUUAGAACCUUUACUUAUUAAGUGGGGUUCUGUGGGAGGGGUGGGGGGGAUAUGUGUUAUCUGUGUGUAAAAGUUAGUUUUUCGUCUAUUAUAAAACAAUGAAAAGUUGAUCCCCCCCAAAAUAAUACAUUUAUUUAUAUAAAAAAAUCGGACUCUUGUUGUUGUUACAGUAUGUAAUUCACUGGAGAUGUAUUUUCUGAAAUAAUCUUUUGGUUUGACCUCUUCUUCAUUUCUCAUCUAACUUUCCUUCCCCUCUUGUAUCUUUUCUGUAUUAACCUCUAUGCUCUCUCUCCUUCUAAGUUUCAGUCUUUCUUGUUCCUUAGUUGUCUCGCUAGGAUCUUUCCCUCUUCCGUUAGUUGCUUCACUGCUUUAAUGAAGGAACUCAAUAUUGGGUUGCUUGUCAUCAGCCAUUGUUCACUUGCAAUUGUAUUUUUUGGCUCAUUAGGGAAAUUGUGCCUGUAACAUUAGCAAGUAAUGUUCUGUGUGUGGGCGAAGCAGACUAUGGAAUUUAGAUUUGUGUCUAUAAAGUUUUUGUGUAAAUACUGCCCCAGACAAUACUGCCAAAAAUAACCCUUUUGCUGUUUCUCUAAGAAUGUUAUCUGAUUUUAAACUGAAUAGCGAUUUCAGAAACAGUACAAUGUUUCUUUAUGUCAAACAAUUCACUUGGAAAGUAAUGUGGCCUGUUUAUUACUGAUGCAAUCAGUGGCUAGGCAAAAACAUGUUAUUUUGAUGGCUAGAAAAGCAUGGAAUCGUGAUCGGUUGAACAAUGUUUGUAGCUUGUCUCCAGCCCUAACCUGUGUGCUUUCAUAUUAUAGGGCCUGAUAAUCUUCCUAUUUGUUCAGUCUUUUUUCUUGUUCCCCCAAAACAGCCAUCUCUUGGUCCUCUAUCUAUCAUAUCCUGUAACCUUCUCUACUCAUGUAGCCUACCUGGUAGUUGACUCAUGAUAACCUUUCUCUCCCUCUUGCACUCUUUCUUUUUUGCUUUCUUCUUUUCCAAUGCCUAAAAUAGAAGUGGAACAAAAAGGUAAAUGAGUGGUCCAGUCUUCCCCACGUCCCACCCGCCCCCCAGCUCCCUGUAAUGUGGUGUACAACCCUUCCUCUUGUCUCCUCCCUCCUGAUUGCCUCUUGUCAAAACGCCGGCCCCAAACCCCCAUAGGUUGUUGAUUGCAACUCUGGGAGACAAUUUGAAUUUCAAAGCCGAUUUGUAAAAGCAGUCUAGAGGUUUGAAAGAUAGGGCCCGUUCAGAUUCACUGGACCUGUUACCAGUGCCCUGUAACAUAUAUUAAAUCUCCCUGCACACCUCUAGUACCGUAAAUCUCACAGUAGACCGUUUGGAAGAAUGCUAUAAGGGCAGCUUCUCAUCUAAACCAUUACACAUUUCAAUAAAACAACAUGCUACAGAUACACCAAUUCACAAGCAUGUGAAGACAUUGUAAGAGGGUUAUUUUCCCAUUUAAACCCAAAUUACAGAACACGUCUGACACAACAACAUUAAAACUAGGCUACCACCAAGCCUAGCUAUAAAAAACUAUUGGCUAUAGCUCUCAAAUAUAGAAGUGGAUAAAUGUUAUCAUACAGUAUCAUAUGCAUUAUACAGAGCUAGGAAGCAAGCUAAACAAAUAAUGCUAUGCAUCAGAUAACCUAGCAGUUAGAGCAUUGGGCCAGUGACCGAAAGGUCAGUAGUUCAAAUCUCAGAGCAGACAAGGUAAAAAAUCUGUCUGUGCCCUUGAGCAAGGCACUUAACCCUAAUUGCUCCAGGGUUGCCGUUGAUAAUGGCUGACCCUGGACGUGACCCCACUCUCCGAGGGUGUCUCAGGGGAGUUUGGAUAUGCAAAAAAUACAUUUACAUUUCACAAUUGCUUAUAAUACACACUUGUACAUGUGUGAUGGUCACCUGUUGGCAGAUAUGGGAGAGUGAGGUUGGCAAAAACCGCAAGAAGCCCAACAAAACCCCACAGAAAUCAGACUUUCUCAUCUCAAACCAAUCCAUGGGAUUCCAAUGAGACACUUGCCAUGGCCUCCCUCACCCAUCAAAGGUUCUUCUGCCUUUUACAGUGAGGGAAAAAAGUAUUUGAUCCCCUGCUGAUUUUGUACGUUUGCCCACUGACAAAGACAUGAUCAGUCUAUAAUUUUAAUGGUAGGUUUAUUUGAACAGUGAGAGACAGAAUAACAACAAAAAUAUCCAGGAAAAUGCAUGUCAAAAAUGUUAUACAUUGAUUUGCAUUUUAAUGAGGGAAAUAAGUAUUUGACCCCUCUGCAAAACAUGACUUAGUACUUGGUGGCAAAACCCUUGUUGGCAAUCACAGAGGUCAGACGUUUCUUGUAGUUGGCCACCAGGUUUGCACACAUCUCAGGAGGGAUUUUGUCCCACUCCUCAUUGCAGAUCUUCUCCAAGUCAUUAAGGUUUCGAGGCUGACGUUUGGCAACUCGAACCUUCAGCUCCCUCCACAGAUUUUCUAUGGGAUUAAGGUCUGGAGACUGGCUAGGCCACUCCAGGACCUUAAUGUGCUUCUUCUUGAGCCACUCCUUUGUUGCCUUGGCCGUGUGUUUUGGGUCAUUGUCAUGCUGGAAUACCCAUCCACGACCCAUUUUCAAUGCCCUGGCUGAGGGAAGGAGGUUCUCACCCAAGAUUUGACGGUACAUGGCCCCGUCCAUCGUCCCUUUGAUGCGGUGAAGUUGUCCUGUCCCCUUAGCAGAAAAACACCCCCAAAGCAUAAUGUUUCCACCUCCAUGUUUGACGGUGGGGAUGGUGUUCUUGGGGUCAUAGGCAGCAUUCCUCCUCCUCCAAACACGGUGAGUUGAGUUGAUGGCAAAGAGCUCCAUUUUGGUCUCAUCUGACCACAACUCUUUCAACCAGUUCUCCUCUGAAUCAUUCAGAUGUUCAUUGGUAAACUUCAGACGGGCCUAUAUAUGUGCUUUCUUGAGCAGGGGGACCUUGCGGGCGCUGCAGGAUUUCAGUCCUUCACAGCGUAGUGUGUUACCAAUUGUUUUCUUGGUGACUAUGGUCCCAGCUGCCUUGAGAUCAUUGACAAGAUCCUCCCGUGUAGUUCUGGGCUGAUUCCUCACCGUUCUCAUGAUCAUUGCAACUCCACGAGGUGAGAUCUUGCAUGGAGCCCCAGGCCAAGGGAGAUUGACAGUUAUUUUGUGUUUCUUCCAUUUGCGAAUAAUCGCACUAACGGUUGUCUCCUUCUCACCAAGCUGCUUGGCGAUGGUCUCGUAGCCCAUUCCAGCCUUGUGUAGGUCUACAAUCUUGUCCCUGACAUCUUUGGAGAGCUCUUUGGUCUUUGCCAUGGUGGAGAGUUUGGAAUCUGAUUGAUUGAUUGCUUCUGUGGACAAGGUGUCUUUUAUACAGGUAACAAACUGAGAUUAGGAGCACUCCCUUUAAGAGUGUGCUCCUAAUCUCAGCUCGUUACCUGUAUAAAAGACACCUGGGAGCCAGAAAUCUUUCUGAUUGAGAGGGGGUCAAAUACUUAUUUCCCUCAUUAAAAUGCAAAUCAAUUUAUAACAUUUUUGACAUGUGUUUUUCUGGAUUUUUUUGUUGUUAUUCUGUCUCUCACUGUUCAAAUAAACCUACCAUUAAAAUUAUAGACUGAUCAUGUCUUUGUCAGUGGGCAAACAUACAAAAUUAGCAGGGGAUCAAAUACUUUUUUCCCUCACUGUAUGACAUCAGUAGAGUAAAAAACUCUGCUGUAGUUGUGCUGUCUUCUCCCCAAACCCUACCCUCAUCUUAUCCCAGCUUCGCUGCCACCACCUCCAUCCAGAAUAUGUUGUUUUGUUUCUUAUCCCUCAUCAUUUUGUCUUCUGUGUGCUUUUUCAGUAAGCAUGUGCAGUUUUGCCAUUUACACAAUUGUCAGUGUCACUGUUUGAUGCCAGGUAGAAGUUGGAAUUAAAACAAGGGUUCCAGUAUACACUUCUAUACUACCUCUCCCAUCCCUUACAUGUCUUGCAUUUACAGGGUUUUCCUCCUUUUGUUUCACUUUUUGGAUUUGUUUGGUCCCACGCAGUUAACGUGUACGGCAGACAAACUCUAUAAAGAAGCAAGUCCUUUACUCACUCCUGCACUUAUCAUUCUCUUGGCUUCACCUUUUAUAUUUCACUCUAUUCACAAGCAGUAUCACUACACACUAGUUAAAUGACUGUCACUGAUCUUUGUCCUACACACUACUCGGACAGCAGCGAAACUAUACAAUAUACACACUGCAUACCUUGAUGAAAUAUCUGUUGAUACUCUGCAUAUAUUUUACUUAAACCCAUCUUUCUGUUUCUCUCUCCCUCACUAGUUUUCAUUUGUCCCGGGACCCUGAAGGAGGUGGGGGAGUCCACGUUUGUGUUUGAGGCGGAGCAACAGGCGGGGGCGUGGUCUAAAGACCCCCUGCAGGCAGGAGACAAGGUCUUCUUCAUGCCCUGGACGCCGUACCGCACUGACACACUUAUUGAGUACGCCUCCCUGGAGGACUUAAAAAAUGGCCGCCAGACUACGACCUAUAAACUCCCUCAUCGGGUCGACGGCACAGGCUUCGUGGCCUACGACGGAGCCAUCUUCUUCAACAAGGAGCGCACGCGCAACAUCGUGAAAUUUGAUCUCCGCACGCGCAUCAAGAGUGGUGAGGCCAUCGUGGCCAACGCCAACUAUCACGACACCUCGCCAUAUCGCUGGGGCGGCAAGACGGACAUAGACCUCGCCGUCGAUGAGCGGGGGUUGUGGGUGAUCUACGCCACGGAGCAGAACAACGGACGAAUCGUGGUCUCACAGCUCAACCCCUACACGCUCCGCUUCGAGGCCACCUGGGAGACCGUGUACGACAAGAGAUCCGCCUCCAAUGCCUUCAUGGUGUGUGGCGUGCUGCACGUGGUGCGGUCCACCUACGAGGAGAACGAGAGCGAGGCGGCCAAGAGCCACAUCGACUACAUCUACAACACUAAGCUGAGCCAGGGAGAGUACACGGACAUCCUGUUCCCCAACCAGUACCAGUACAUCGCUGCUGUGGAUUACAACCCCAGAGAUAACCAGCUGUAUGUGUGGAAUAACUUUUACGUCCUGCGCUACGACCUGGAGUUUGACGCUGAGAAAGACCCUGCUGACGGUAAGCCUCGGUCACAGUAUGGCCUCUUUCAGAUGAAUCCUGACAUGAGAUCUGUAUGUGUACAUUGAAUUUUCACACAAACCUCCCAUUGAUAUCAAAACAGGACUUCUGUAAAAAGACUGAGUUACAAGCACAUAUUUCAGGUUGGGAUUCAGCCCUUUGUGUUGUUUGCGUCAGGUGCUGAAUGUAUUCCUGUGUGUGUGU